AUGGCGCCUUCCGCCAACCUCUGGGACCUGCAGCUCUUCCGUGAGCACUACAGCGCCGCCACGGCCGCGCCCGCCGAGCCGCAUUUUGUGCCGGUGCCGCCGCUCGGCGAGGCCCUCGCCUAUGUGGGCGCGCUCAUUGAGGGCCUGCGGGCAGAGCGGCCGUCCGACAUGUGCGUGCGAGCCGCGUGGUCGCUCUGCACCGACGCGACGAAGCUGCAGGUGCACGAGGGCGUCGUGUCCACCAGGGGCGCCGGCUUCCUCGCGAUGAUUGACGAGUGGGUCGGCCGGCUCCGCCGGCUGCGGGUGGGUGAGGCGGCGCUCACGCAGUGCUUCUGGCGCUCGACGUCGGGCACCGUCUUUGUCGUCGGCCGGCCGCACUCUCCAGACGCCGCCGCCGACACGCCCGCUUCCGCCGCCGCAUCGUCUCGCCGCGCCGUCGCUGCCGCGGCGGCAACUGCAGCUGCCGCUGCGGCGGUGUCGGCGGUGGCGGCGGCGGCCAGUGGCGGCGGCGGCGGCUGCACGGGCAGCGCCGCCGUCGGCGGCAGCGCUUCCGCCGGCAUCGCGGCCGGCGGCGGCGGUGGCGGCGGCGGCGGCGGCAGCGGCGGCGGCGGCGGCGGCGGCGGCGGCGGCGGCGCGCCCGCGGCGGGCGGGUCUGCCACUGGCCCUUGCGACUACGUCCUGGCGGUAGUGUCGGUGGGGUCAGGCCUCGCCUUCCACCCGACUCGGACGGACCCGCUGAGCGGGCAGCUCCUCUUCUCGCCGACGGCCCUCGUCUACGGCCGCCUCCUCCCUCUCCUCGUCCGGCGACCGCUCGAGACAAACUUCACGCCCGACCAGCGGCCGCCGUAUGGCCCUCCCCACGCAGCCUCGGCCGUUGCCGACGACGCCGCCGCCGCCGCCGCCGCCGCCGCCGCCGCCGGCGAGGGCGAGGGCGAGGCCGAGGCGGGUGAGCGCGACGACGCGAGCGGUGGCGAUGGCGCCUCUCGAGCCGAGUGGAGCCUGCCUGCGCGGUGGGCGCCUCUUCCCCGCUCUGCGCGGGUCCGCUCCCUCCUCUGCUUGCUCGAGGCGCUGCGCGUGGGCGUCGCGCUGUCGGCGGAGAGCGUGCCCCUCCCGCCCGGCCUGGUGGAGAAGAGCCCCCCCCGCCGGCGCGCCGAGCACUGCCUCGUCUCCCGCGCGGCGAGGCUGCUGCUGCUCCAGCUCGGCGGCGACGCGCUGAGCUGCUCGCCCCUCGACCCGCUGGCGGGCGAGGGGAGGCCUCCGCUCGAGGGCGGCGCGGAGGCCCGCCGGCCUGCCCUCGACGCGGUGGAGGUUGCGGCGGCGAGGGCCGACGGCGAGGCCCUCGACGCGGCGCUCGACACCGUCGACCCGAACGACGCGCCGCCGCCGCUGCUCGUCUCGGAGGGCGUGCGCGAGGGCGGCGAGGCCUUCCUCACCUCGACGCCACCGCAGCUCGACUGCCUCGUGCGCGACACCGCCGCCAUCGAGGCGGCGGCGGGCGAGGCGGACUUCUCCUCGAUCCUGCUCCCCGCGCCGCUCUCGGACGUGCCGGACGCCCCGCUCCUCUCCCUCGACGGCGCGAGCGACGCGCUGCGGCACGCCGUCGCGGCGCCGCUGCUCACCUCCUCGUACGCCCACCGGACUGUCCUCCUCUCCCGCCUCUUCACGCGCACGAUGCCGCUGCCGCUGCCGCGCACCUCGAGCGGUGCGCCGCCCCCGGGCUGCUUCUGGGCCCCGCCCGCCGACGCGCCCGUCCGCUCCGAGACGCGCAGCGCCAUCCUCGCGUCGCUCCGCAAGCUGGCGCGCCACUUUGCGGUCGCGUCGCUCGCGCUGCCGCCGACGCGCGAGCUCGACGCGCUCCGCGUCCUCACCUCCGCCGCCAUCGCCGCCGUCGCGGACGCCGCCUUCCGCCUCCCCACCGCCAACGCGCCGCCGUCCGCCGCGGCGGAGCACUACGCUGGCCGUGCGGGCGGGCCGACGGCGCCCUUCGGCUUCGACGGGCUCCGGCCGCUCCGCGCCGAGUCGAGCGCGAUGCUGCUGAGCGAGGCGGCGCUGCUCCGCUGCCGCGCGCGGCUGCUCGACUACUUCGCCGCCAUGAACGAGUGGCUCACCCCCGCGACCAGCCUCCUCUCGCUCGGCCCCGAGCCGGGCAGCGGCGCGGCGAGCUCGAUGGCGCUCGGCGAAGGACCGCGCCCCUCCGCCGCCCGUCCGGGCGAGGAGGAGGAGCUGCUCGACGUGGCGCCCGAUCUGCGCGUGCUGCGCGACGCCGUCUUCUACUUUCGGCUGAUGAUGUGCCCCGCGCGCGGCGCGCUGCCCGAGCCGCGGGCGUGGCGGCCGCGCGACGGCGUUCUGCGCUGGACCUUCCUCUCCGAGGCCAAGGGCUUCGAGGUGCGCGCGUUUGGAGGCCGGCCCCUCCGCGUCGCUCCGCCGACGGCCUCCUCCGCAGCGGUGGCCGAGCGCGGCGGCUCGAUGCUCUCGUACAUGCAGCGCCUCUGGCGGCGCGAGGAGGCGCCACGCGCGCCGCCGUCCAACGCCGACGCGUCGGCCCUCCUCCGCGCCGCCGGCUGCGAGGGCGGCGGCGUCGCCUCUGAGGAGGACGUGCUGCUCGCGCACUCGUGCGAGCUGCUGCUCUCGUACCUCACCGCGCCGUACGUGCGCGUGCCUCUCGUGCUGCAGCUGCUCGCGCAGCCCGCCACGCUGCCCGCCCUCGCCUCGCCCGAGCUGCAGGCCGUCCUCGACGCGGCGCUCUUCGAGCCGGGCGAGUGGCUUCCCGCCACCGGCGCGCCGCCGCUCGCCGAGGCCCCCGCGGCCGACCGCGCCGCGCUGGGCACGCCGUGCGGCUUGCUGCUCAACGAGCUAGAGCACCUCCGCCUCCUCCUCGAGCUUCACGAGGCGCGCGCCGCCGCACCACAUCCAGAGGCGGCCGCCACGCGCGACCCGCCACCGCCUCUCGGCCCGCCGGAGCCGCCGCCGGCGGAGGAGCGCGCGUCCGCGCGGCGAGGCUCCACCGGCACUGGCACCGGCGCGGCCGCGGCGCGCCCUCCGUCCCCGCCCGACGCCGCCGCGUGGCACAGCCCCUCUCUCGCGCGGCUAGUCGUCUUGGACGCGGCGAGCCUCGCCGAGCUGCGCCGCUCGCGGGCGGCGAUCCGCUCGCAGCUCGAGACGGAGGCGUUGCCGAUGCUCGAGGACUGGUUCCGCCACGCCAUCCGCGACCACCAGGUCGAGGCCGCUUGCGCGGUGCGUGCACACAUGGCGGUCGUGUUCCGCCCCCUCUCUGCGGCGCAGCUCGAGCGGCGGUCAGUGGUGACUCUCCUCUCCUCCUGGGUCUUCCUCACCACAAACUACGACGGCUUCCGCCGCAUCGAGCCCGCCGCCGUUGCCGCCGCCGCUCAGCGCCGCGCCAACGCAAAGUCCAAGGAGCUGACGGCGGCGGCGCUCGACGCGGCGGCGGCGGCGCACCUGCAGCUGCACCUGCCGCCGCUCGACGCCCUCGCUCUCUUCCACCAGCACCGCGCGGGCGCCCUCGCCUGGCUCGCGCGGCCGGGGGCGGCGGCGCGCGCGUCGCGGGCCAUCGACGACAUCGUCGCCAUCGUCUCGAACGUUGAUCGCCCGCUCCCCGCCGGCGCCGCCGCCGGCAGCAUGCCGCCGCCGUCUCCGGGGUCGGGAUCGCGCGAUUGGGUCCCGAUCUCCGACGCCACCAACGUCGGCCGCUUCACGCCCGCGGCGGAGGAGGAGCGGCGGCGCGCGCGGGAGGCGCUGCUGGCGGCGCCCGCCCGCGGCGAGGACGGCGCCGACGGCUCGGCCGCCGCCGGCGGUGUUGGUUCCUCUCUGUCGCCGCGGGUGAGCGGUGCGCGCGGCGAGGCGGCGGGCGGUGCGGGCGGUGCGGGCGGUGCGGGCGGGCUCUCGUACGAGGAGUGGGUGUGGCAGACUGUGACGAUGGCGGUCGACACGGAGCUCAACCUCCAGCUCGGCGAGUUCACCCUGCGCAAGAACCAGGCGAGGCUGCGGCCCGAUGAGGCGCCGCGUGGACGUGCCCCGUGGACGUGUCGUGGACGCGUGCCGGCGGACGCCGACUUCAUCGCCGCCACGGCGGGCGCCGUCGCCACGCAGGCGGCGUCGGGCGCGCGCGUCCGGCUGCAUUGCGCCGAGCUCGCCGCCACACGGCACCGGUGGUGGGUGAGGCUGGUCGGCACCGACUUCGACGUGCAGUCGGAGGAGGGCGGCUGGGUCCGCCUCGCCGCCUCUAUCGACGACGGGAUCCGCGAGGUUGUGCUCUGGCGGGCCGGCUGCCUGCAAGUCUACCUCGUCGAGUCGUACGGCCGCGUGCCGAUGCGGCGCCUCAUCUACAGCUCCGAUGCGCGCGCCUCCCUCUCUUCGUCGCUGCGGCCGGGCCCGCCGCGGCCCUGCCGCCUGCCGCACCUGGGAGGCCCUUCCCUCGAGGCUGGCGACGUCUCGGCGGCGCCCUCCCCCGGCCCUUCCGUCGUCGUGCAGCGGCGGCGGCGCGACGGGAGCACGCAGACCUUCGCGCUGCUUUGCACGCACCGCUUCUGGCAGAACGACGACGACGGCCACCUCACCGCCGAGACGGAGCACCACGCCGUCGAAGAGGUGGCGCCCGAGGCGGAGGAGGCGGCCCAGCCCCGGGGCGAGGCGGGCGACCGUGGCAGCGGCGCCGCACCGAGCGCCCCCGCCCUCGCCGCCUCGCUCUCCCCGCCGCCCGUCGCCGUCGCCGCGUCCCAGCCCGCCCCGCUGCCGGCGCGGCUCGAUGAGGAGCCUCCCGCGCUCCUCGUCCGCCUCGCCCCCGACCAGCCGGGCGGCGGCGUCGGCGUGGUCGUUCGCCGCCCGCUCGCCGCGUGCUCGGACGACGCGCCUUCCGCCACCGCGGCCGGUGCCUCCGGCCACGAGGUGCUGGUGCCGCUCCUGUGCGCCCGCGCCGGCGGGGCGCUCGAGGCGCUCCGCGCGCUCCUGCGACGGCUCGACGACCUGUCGCACACGCUCGUCUGGGCCGACGAUGACGGGUCCCUCGUCCGGCGGGACGGCUGGCGGGUGCGGCGAGUCGAGAUGCCGCGGCUCGGCAUCUCCUUCGCCGCUCGGCCGCCCGCCGGCGCGCCUCCCUCCGCCUCGGUGUCCGGGGCCCUCGACGCGGGGCGCGGCACCGCCAGCGGCCGCGGCGCGGCGGGCAGGCGCCUCUACUGCGAGGAGCACCCGUCGCUCUUUCUCUCGGACACGCGGCCGGCGCGCCCCUCGCCGCUGCGCACGCCCGUUGCGGCGCCUCCCGGCCACACGCCCGACGACUACGGCGCGCUGCACGCGCUGCUGCCCGCGACGGCGCGCCCGCUCUGGCACGAGGAGGGCGGCGGCCGCCGCACGCUGCUGCUCCGGCGCGACGACGACGAGUGGAACCGCUCGCUCGGCGUGACGCGGCACCACCUGGUCGGCAUCCACCCGUCGGGCUGCAUGCUGCUGCCCGCCUCGCUCGCCGCCUCGCUCCACCUGCUCCUCUUCCGGCUGCUGCACGGCAUGUACGCCGAGGCGGCCGAGAUCGCCUCGGCCUGCGCGCACGACGGCCCGCUGGGGGCGGAGGAGGCUCAGCUGCUCGCCGCCCUCUCUCUCGCCACGCACGACGAGCACCCCGACGCGAGCGCCGUGCGGCUGCGCCUCUCGCUCGUGAUGCGCUCCACCUCGUGCGAGGAAGCGCUGCCUUGGGACGGCGCCGCCGAGCUGCGCCGCUACGCCGCGCUGUGGCCGCGCGUCUCCGCCGCCUGCCGCCUGCCGCUCCGGGACGAGCUCGCCCUGCUGCGCGCGCACGCCGAGGCGGGCGGGGGCGACCACGCGGCGGCGCUGCUGCUGCACCGGGCGACGGUGCUGCAGGCCGCUGUCGCGGCGCACGCCUCGGGCACGCCGCUUCACUCGCUGUGCAUCCCCGCGCCGCCGCCGCCGCCGCCGCCGACCGUCGCCUUUCACUUUGACACCUCGCCGCGGCUCGCGUACCAGAGCGGGCAGGCCGCGGCCGACGUCAAGCUGCACGAGCGCGACUGGACGGACCGCUUCGCCGACCUCGGCUGGGGCUUCUUCACGCCGCCGCAGCCCGCGACGGGCGACGUGGCGCUCGACAAGUACAACGAGCUGCUGUCGGGCGGCGUCUCGCUGGGCGGCUCCUUCCUGCUGCUCUACGCGCUGCUGUGCGGGCACCUCGAGCUCAAGCUGCUGCAGGGCGACGCGCCGCACCAGUGGGGCGCGCUGCUGGUUGCGCUCCUCCCGCAGGCCGACCUCGCGCAGCAGGGGCUGCUCAUGGAGACGCUCCGCCUCCUCGUCCGCUCGCCACACCUCGAAAUACAAAAACUGGCGCCGCGCUACGAGCCCGAGACGGAGGAGGAGCGCGCAAACAAGCCGAUGUUCAAGCGGCUGCUCGGCAACCACCUCGGCGGCGAGCGCAAGGAGCGCUUCCUCGACGGCAUCCGCAACCUCCAGGUGGUCGAAAACCACCUGUCUGUCCGCGCCUCGCGGCCGCUCCCCGCCGACGCGUCGCCCGCCCCGACGCCCCCUCCGCCCACCGGCUGGCGAGCGUGGCUCUCUCGGCUGCGGCGCCCGGCGGCGGGGCGGGCGGCGCCGGCCGCCUCGGCCGCGCUGCCGCAGCAGAGGCACGUCGCGCCCGUCUUUGACGACGGGACGCCGCGGGAGGCGUCGCGCACGGUGCGGCCCGGCGGAGGCCCCGCCGCGCCGUGGGAGUCGCCGCCGCUCGUGUCGCUGGUGGACCACCCGGCCCUCUCCGAGGUGGUCGUCUCCGACUUUGGCCGAUCCGCGCUGCCGCUGGUCCAGCCGGCCGAGCCGGCCGCCGCCACGUCGGAGGGCGCGGCGAUGCGCGCCACGGCGAGCGAGCUCGAGGCGCUGUGCGGCGCCCCGCUCCGGGACGUCGCGUCGAGCGCGGUCGUGACGCAGCGGCCCAAGUUCGUCGCCGCGGAGGGUGGAGCCGGCGCUCUCCCGUUCGACCUGUCGCACCACCCCGCGUCGCGCUCGGACCUCGCGCGCUCGACGCUUCGGCGGCUGCAGCGGGACAUGCGCACCUACGAGCUGCAGAAGGAGGCGGCGGAGGAGCCGCGCCUCCACGCGCUCUCCGAGGACGCCAUCGCCGCCAUCGCGCGCGGCGGCGGCGGCGACGAGGCGGCCAGGGCGGAGAAGGCGAUCGUGGCCCUCCGCGCGGCUCUCGCGCAGCAGCUCAAGGACGACACGGCGGCGGUCGCCGCGGCCGCGCCGCAGAUUGAGGCGCUCGCCAACAGCGAGAGGGAGGCGGACGCGCCGCUUCCGGCCCGCGAGGAGCGGGGCGAGGCCUCGCGAGCGCCGGCGGCGGCGGCGCUGCUGCGCCUAGGCGGAGGCACGCCCACGCUCACGCUGCCGCUGCUGCUCCGGCUGCUCCUCGCCACCACGGGGGCGGCGGAGCUCGGCCGCCGCGUCGGCGAGGCGCGCGCCGCGUGGCUCGUCUCUUCGCUCGCGCUGCUGAUGCUCCGCUCGAGCCGCACCUCGCACGUGAGGCGUUGCCUCGCCGGCUGCGACGCCGUGCUGGCGAGGCUCGGCGAGGCGGCGGAGGCUGCAGACUGGGCACACCGCUCUGCGCUCGUGGCCGGCGGCGGCGAGAGGAGGAGUGGGGCGGCGGCGGUGGCGGAGGCGGAGGAGCGGCUCGCAGAGGCGGCCAAGUCUCUGGCGGUGGUCCUCAGCCAGCGGCGCCACUGCCACGCGGACAGCGCCGGUGCGGGGGACGUCGAGGCGGCCGGCGGCCCGCCGACACUGGAGCCGCGCAUGCUCCUGCUCGAGUUCUGCUCGGGGAUGAUGCUGCGGGGCGAGCAGGUGCGGCUCCUGCGCACCUUUGUGCGCGCCGCGUCGCAAUCGCCGCCGCGCUCGCUCUGCCACCAGCUGCUCAUGGGCGCGGGCAAGACCACCGUGAUCGCGCCGCUCCUCACGCUCAUCCUGGCCGACGGCGAGCGGCUCGUGACGCUGCUCGUGCCCGCCUCGCUCCUCCACUUUGCGGGCUCGGUGCUCCGCUCCCCGCUCUCUGCCCUGCUGCGGCGCGCCGCCUUCUACUUUGGCUUCGAGCGCGGCGCGCCCGUCGACGCACAGCUCGUCGCGAGGCUCGAGCGGGCGCGCGCCGAGGGCGGCACCGUGCUCGCGCCCCCGGCGGCAGUCAAGUCCUUCCUGCUCAAGUUCCUCGAGCUGCACCGCGAGAUCGCGCUCGCGCCGCCGCCGCCGCCCACCGGCGUGGUCGGCCUGCUCAGCAGCCUCCCGACGCCGCUGCGCGUGCCGCGCGCCGCCGCGACCGAGCUCGACUCGGCGACGAGGCAGCUGCGGCUCUGUGCGCGGGUGCUGCGGCUGUGGGGCGGCGGCGUGCUCGUGCUGGACGAGGUGGACUGGCUCCUCCACCCGCUCAAGUCGGAGCUCAACUGGCCGCUCGGCGGGCGCGAGCCGCUCGACUUUGCAAAGAGCGCGAGCCUCGGCUCGGGCAUCCGCUGGCAGCUGCCCUUCCAGCUGCUCGACGGCCUCCUCCUCGCCCUCACCGGCCGCGCCGCCGACGCGGGCCUUGCGCCGUCGACGGACGCCAUCGCGGCUGCCGAGGCGCUCCGCGCGGCCAUCUCGGCCGGCAGGAGCGCGCACGAGGUGCAGCUGACGCCGCAUUUUGUGCUGCUCAGCCGCAGCUGGUACGACAGCGCAAUGCUGCCGCCCCUCUCGCGCUGGGCCGUCGCGUGGCUCGUCAAGAUGGGCAUCACCGCCAUCCCGCCGGCCGCCCUCGCCGAGUACGUGACCCGCCGCGUGCCCGCGGCGGGCAGCGCCCCGCCCGACGCGGCGGCGGGCGGCGUCGGCGAGGCGGAGAUGCGGAGGGCGCUCACCGACGACGCCUUCAAGCUGCUCAACCUGACGCGCGACUGGCUCGUCUCGCUGCUUCCGCACGUGCUGGGCAAGGCGUCGCGCGUCUCGUUCGGCCUCCUCUCGGCCUCCUUCCUCCGCUCGCACCCGACGACACCGCUCUCGCGCCGCGUGCUCGCGGUCCCCUUCGUGGGCAAGGACUGCCCCUCCGAGUCGUCGCAGUUCUCCCACCCCGACGUCGCCAUCGGCCUCACCAUCCUCGCGUACCGCUACGAGAAGCUGCGCUGGGCAGACUUUAUGCGCGUGAUGCGCGAGCUGCGCGCCGAGCUCAGCGUCCAGAUCGGGCCAUACAAGCUCCGCCCCGCCUCCCUCACCUUCGCCGCGUGGGUCGCCGCCGCGGGGGGCCGCGUGCGCGGCGCCGUCGAGCAGCACCCCCCACCGCGCGCGUCGCUCGGCGCCCUCGCCGAGGCGGCGAUGGGCGCGAGGCGGUGGGCGCGAGCCAGCCGGCAGGGGCGCGACGCGCAAGGCUGCGGCAGCCCCGCCGCCGCAGAGGAGGGGGAGCGGCGCGGGUCCGCCCAGGCCGAGCUCGACCCGCGCCUGACAAGGCCGCGCCGCGACGCCAUCGCCUCGCAGAUCGGCGCCCCGAGCCUGCUCCGGGUGGGGACGUGCCGCGCGUCGGACGUGGCGGGCGACGAGUCCGACCCCGGCGCACACGAGUCGCCGCUUUGCUCGCCGGGGUCGCUUCGCUCGAAUUCGCUCCGUUCGCCCGGCGCAGUGAGCGUGGCGUCGUCGGCCGACCCGGACGGCGGCGCGACGCUCGAGGUGCCUGCGCUGCACUUGCUCGAGAUGAGCGACGCCGAGCAGAUGGAGCCGCUCUUUGAGCUGCUGCGCGGCGAGCCGGCGCUCGCGCGGCACCACCUCGAGCGGUACGUCUUCCCGGCGACGAUGUCCUUCUCGUCGCUCAAGCUCUCCGCCUCGGGGCAGGAGCUCGGCGGGGCCAUCGUCUUUGGCUCGCGGCUCGGCUUCUCCGGCACGCCGUCCGAGCUGCUGCCCGAGGAGCUGGGCACGCCCACCUACGAGGAGGGCGACGACGCGCGCAUGCUGACCGUCCUCACCUCCUCCGCCGCCCUCUCCCACGAGCUGCUGCGCCCCGGCUGGAAUGCGCGCGCCAUCCUGCGGCGCGCCGCGACGGCCGAGCCGCGCCGGCACGCGCUCAUCGACACGGGCGCGCUGGUGACGGGCCUCUCCAACGCGGAGGCGGCCUCCUUCCUCCUCUCGACGGGGCUGAGCUCUUUCGAGGCGUGCGUCUACCUUGAGGGCGGGCGCAAGCUCGUCCUGCGGCGCGGCGGCGGGCCGCCCCUCACCCUGGAGCGCUGCGGCGUGCAGCCCGCGCGACGCUUCGUCUUCUUCGACCACGUGCACACCACCGGCACCGACGUCGAGCUCCCCGCCCACGCGCGCGCCUUCCUCACCGUCGGCAAGGACGUCACCUUCCGCGACCUCGCGCAGGGCGCCUUUCGCAUGCGCCGAGUCGGGGCGGGACAGCGCGUCACGCUGCUCGUGCCGCCGGAGCUGGCGCGGCAGAUCCGCGAGCAGGCGGCCCUCGGCCGGUGCGACUCGCCUGAGGCCGCCGCCGCCGCCGCCGCCGCCGCGUGUGCGAGCGAUAACGCCGCCGCCGCCGCCGCCGCAACCGCCGACAGCCCCGCGGCUUCCGGCGGCCGCGCCGGCUCCGACGGCUUCCUGCGCGACGCCUGCGCGUGGGCGGUGGUCAACGGCUUGGCCUCCGAGUCGCUCCAGCUGGCGCGGCUCUGCCAGCAGUCGCUGCGCGACGUCUGGCGGUGCGCGGCGAUGCGCGUGCUGCUCCGCGCCGCCGACGCGUCGCCCGCGAUCGCGCCGCCCGCCGCGCAGCUCGCGCGGCUGAUGGACGUCUUUUGCGAGCGGAUGUCGGCUGAGGUGGCCAACUGCGUGCCGCCGCUCGAGCGGACGGGCGACAUCCUGGACCGCGAGGCGCGGCUAUACACGGCCUGCCUUGCCGAUGGGGGCGCGGAGCUCUUGCCCAAGGAGCGCGAGACGCUCUCGCGGCUGCGCGCGCGCGCCCUCUCCUCCGCGGGCUCCGGCGUCGCGGCCGGCGCCUCGGCGGUGGUGUCCAUGUCGAUGGCGGCGGCGGAGCGCGAGCUGGUCGCCGAGGUGGUCGCGGAGCAGGAGCAGGAGCAGGAGGUCGAGCAGACGCACGAGCAGCUCGCCGAGGUGGAGAUGGCCGUCGCGGCGGUCGAGGACUUCCCGCGCGAGGCGUGGGCGCGCGACGCGCCGCCGCCACAGCCGUGGCCCCUCACGGCGCUGCGCGAGCCGUGCGGCGCCGACGGGGGCGCGCCCGGGCCCGCCCCGUUCUACCCGGCGCGCCGCUUCCGCUCGUCCGUCAUGUGCCGCGAGGCCGUGCCGCCUCUGCUCCUGCCCGAGUUUGUGCAGCUCUCCGCCAACCUCGCGCCGGCCGAGCCGGCCGCCAAGCCGCGCCGCCUCAAGAACAUCUCGCUUGUGCUCGACUGGGUGCCCGAUGCCGCCAAGCUGCUGCCGGCGCCCGACCUGCUCUGGACCACCGAGCCGCCGCCGCUCACCGCGCGGCAGGAGCGACGCGUGCGGGACGCGUUCGCGCUCUUUGACGGCGACGGCGACGGGCGGCUCGACACGGCCGACAUCCUGCGCGUGCUGCACGCCCUCGACGUGGACGUCGCGCCGCAGGCCGCCGCCGCAAGGGUCGCCGCCUCGGCGGCAGCGGCGGCCGCCGCCGCGGGCAGCAGCCUGCUCGAGCGGGCCCUUGGCGCUGUGGGCGCCGCCGCGGCAAGGCAAGCGGCGGCGGCACCGGGGGGGGCGGGCGAGGACGGGGCGGGCGGCAGCGACGCGUCCGCGCUCAAGCUGGAGGUGUGUGCCACCGGGCCGGAGGGGCGGCUCGCGCAGCUGCUGCGCGCGGUGGAGACGGACGCCGACGGGCGGGCCUCGCUCGAGCAGCUCGAGCGCGCGCUGCGGUCGCACGCCUUUUACCAGCUCGUCACGGGCCGCUUCCUCGUCGCCGUCUCCCUGCCCGAGGCCGAGGCGUUGCGUGCCGCGCUGCACGCGGCGCGGCGCAGCCCCGGCGGCCGCCUCGCCGCCGCGCCGCGAGCCGAGCUGGCGCUGCGGCACGGCGGGCGGAUCCUCGACGGCACCGUGGCGUUCGUGGACGCGUCGCUGCCCGGCGCGGAUGCGAACGGCGGUGGCGGCAAGGACUACCUCGGCGGCAUCGCGCACCAGUGCUUCCGCUUCCUGGAUUCGUCGCUGCAGUACGAGGCCGAGCCCGCAAACAUGCUGCUCCGCGCGCUGCAGUCCAACGGCAUGGUGCACCGGCGCAACGCCUUCGCCUCGAUCCGCCACUGUCGCCGCCGGCGGCACGCCGACUGGCGGCAGCACUCGGUGGCGCGGGUGCUUACGACCGAGGACGAGUACCAGAUCCUGCACCUGCGCGCGCUGCUCGCGCGGGUGUGCCGCCUCAUGGCCCGUCGGCGCCUCUCGCCCGCCGCCUUCUUCGCCGCGUGUGACCGCGACCGCGAUGCGCACGUCUCCUGGUCCGAGCUGCAGACCGGCCUCCGCUGGCUCGGCCUGAGCGCGCUCGACGAGACGGUAGUCGAGCUCUUCCUCUUCCUGCGCAAGGGCGCGCUCGCCGACGCCACCGACGGCCCCCCGCUCCUCUCGCGGCGCGACUUCCUCGACGCGGUGGAGCAAGAGGGCGCGGCGGCAGCCGACUGGCACGACGAGCCGCCCGGCGACGUCGGCGAAGAGAGCUCGGCGGCGCCGCCGCCCCCGAUCCGCACGGAGAGUGGGGCGGCGGCGCCCGCCGCGCCCGUCGCCGGCGACGGCGAGGCGUGGGCGGACGCGCCGCCGCUCGGCGAGCCGGCGGAGGCGACGGCCGAAGGCACGAGCAGCAUCCGCACGCAGCUCUGCCGUUUGGGCGACUUCGAGCGGGUGUGGGACUCGACGGCGGGCGGGGCGGGCGGCGGGGGCGGGCGGCAGAAGGGCGCCGUCUGGGCGCCGUCACUCCGCGGCGACUCGAUCCUCCGCGGCGCGAGUGUGAAGAUCUGCCUCGGCCACUACGCCCUGGCCGGGGCGGUCAAGCCGGGCCGGAUGUUCAGCGGCGCGCCGCAGCGGACCGUCGAGGUGACCGACACGCGCCAGUCGCGCUGGAGGCUCGGCGGCACCUCGGAGCUCGCCGCGCUGGUCGCCUACUCCUUCCCGCCGCCGGUGCGCUACACGCUGCGCUGGGCCAAGCGGGCGGUCGGGCCGGCGGCGGCAGGCCGGCGAGGGCUCUACGCGUGGGAGGGUGUGCCGCCCGAGGGGCACGCCGCGCUCGGCAUGGUGUGCACCGCGACAGAGGAGCCGCCCGCCGCCGACGCGAUGCGCUGCGUCCCUCUGCCGUGGGUGCGCCGCGCCGAGCUGCCGCCGCGCAAGGUGUGGGACGACUCUGGCGGCUCGGGGGCGCUCGGCUCCAUCUGGGUGGUCAACUCGCUCGGCCUCAUCGCAGUAACGCCCGGCCACGACCCGCCCGACGGCCCCUUUUACGAGCCCGUGGUGGAGCGCAUGUUUGCUGACGUGGAGGAGGGCGCGUCGUAG